CUUUUUGAAAUGUAUUAAUGGUAGUUUAUCAAUUUUUAACUAUUGAGUGUAAUUAUUAAUUUAUCUAUGUUAUCUAAACAUUUGUUGAAUAGGUUCGUUUUUUAUAUUAUAGCAAUUAAUAACUUUUAUUUUGUAAAACAUUUAUAUAGGUAUCUACUAGUCUGUUUAUUCAAAAUAGGUAUGUCAGAGUCUAAUUUAAAUUAAAAAUAAGUAAUUUUUUGUCAUAAUUGGUUAUUGAACUCAAAAUAUUAUAGAAAUACAUCGAAAAUUACAUAAAAAAUUUCUGUAUAACACUGGCUAUAGGUAACUAAAAAAUUCAAAAAGCACAAAAGUACUAAUUUCUUUUAUAGUCAUGUUGCAUGUUAGAUAAAUAAUAGAUUGCUAAAGUACUCAUAAUGUAUUUAAUAAUUGAUUUGUUUUCUUUUUCAACGACAUUUCCAUUGAUUAACUGUCAGAUUGCUUUAAGUCUUAGAAAAUGUAGUUUAUUAUCCAGAGCAAUGUAAUAUUAUUAUUGGAAUUUAAAAUGGAUUUAUGUAAUAACGCAAAUAUUAAUAACGAUAGCGCUGUUUAUAUUGUAUCUCUAUACAAGCUCAACAAAGAAGAUAGCAGUUGGAUCGUUUCCAAUGCUUUUAUAAUUUUUACCAUGCAAACAGGAUUUGGAAUGCUAGAGUCUGGCUGUGUAUCAUUGAAAAACGAAGUAAAUAUCAUGAUGAAAAAUGUUGUGGAUAUUGUUCUUGGAGGGUUGACCUAUUGGUUGUUUGGAUUUGGAAUGAGUUUUGGUGAUAGACGGCCGACGAAUCCGAUUAUUGGUAUUGGUGCUUAUUUAACUGAUCCUGAAAUAAAUGACGAAAUAUUUGGACCUGUAUGUGCUGCAUUUGUAUUCCAACUAAGUUUUGCUACAACAUCGACAACCAUCGUCAGUGGAGCGAUGGCUGAAAGGUAUGCAAUUCAUAUUAAUUAAAAGGGUUAUCGUAAUAUUUUAUAUUUUACCGAUUGCUCAAAACAAUUUAUAAAAAUAGCUUCUAGUUUAACCGUAUAUAUAUACAAACACACGCACACACGCACGCGAUUUUUUUUCGAAUGCGGUACUGCGGAGGUUGCUAAAAUUAUAUAUAUAUAUAUAAUACAGGUACGUUUAAACGAAUAAAAAUGUUCAUAUUUUAAGAACUAAUAAUGGCUUAGAUAGUCCAGGAAAAAUAGGCCGAAAAAGGCCGUUUCGCGG